ACUGUUCUUUAAACGCCUGAAUUUUCUCUCUCCUCCAACGGUGAAAUCUAAACCCCAUUUUACUACGAUAACUUGUGAAGCAUCAAUUAAUCCUCCACCACCCGAGUUCGAUUACUGUUCCUCUCAAAUUUCUUCUGUUUCUCGUUCAGCUAUUUCAGAAGCUCACCCUGAACUUCUUGACUUGGCUGAUAUGGGCUGUUUGGUCUUGGUCCAGAAACAUCAAUUUGGGCUUGUUCCUCCUUGGCGGGCCGAGUUUGUUGAGCCCGAUGAGAUUUGGUUGGUUGGUACUACUCACAUUGAUUGGGCCUCCUCUGCCCAUGUUCAGAGCCGAUAAUGUUGUCGUUGAGCUGUGCCGUAGUAGGGGGACAAACUGUACUGCAUUAGCAUUAAGGCUAUUGUUGGCAGUCUUCUCAUCCAAAAUCUCUUCGGACGUUGAUCGACCCUUUGGAGAUGAGUUUCGCGUUGCUCGGACAGUGUCUGAAGAAAUUGGUGCUCAAAUAGUGUUGGGUGAUCGGCCCAUUGAAAUCACUCUUGAGAGGGCAUGGAACUCACUGAAAUGGGGUGAAAAGCUGAGCUUAGUGGGUUCAGUUGUCCGUGGAAUCACAUCUUCAUCAGAUACAUCCAGAGACAAUGUGAAGGAAUUGGAUACUGAUGAUAGUUCUUACCGGCUUUAUGAGAAACUCAGCUCAGCAUACCCUUCCCUUUUACUGCCACUUAUACAUGAACGAGACACGUACCUAGCGUGGUCUCUGAAAUGGAGCGAAGCUGUAAAUAACUGUAAGAGGGUGGUAGGAGUAAUCGGAAAAGGGCACUUGAAUGGAGUGAUUUAUGCACUUGUCUCAGACCAGGGUAAUCUACGCUUUCGCGACAUAGCUGGGAAAAAAGCUGGUGCUGUUGUUCCUAAUGCUUGGAUCAAUAAAUUCCUUAGAGAUUUGGCAAGAGAUACAUUGAUUGGGAUUCUUUUAUGGGCAUUAUAUGAGCAACUGAAAUCUGGCUUUUGAGAGCCAAGAACCAAACAAAAAACUCCUAUUGUAACUUGUGAGAAAAGAUUGUAUAUCAUAUUACAUGUAUCUUCAAUAUAAACGGGUUUAGCUUUUAUCAUCCCC